AUGUUGCUCUCCGUCCUUUCUCUGACUUAUGCUGCCUUUGCACUUGCCUCACCCCUCAAAGACCGUCGUGCUACCGCCGUUGAUACGUCUGUGUAUUGCGGUCAAUGGGGCACAAUCAGUACCGGAAUAGAGUACAGUAUUCUUUUGGACCAGUGGGGGGCGUCAGGCGCCAGCUCUGGCGAAUCUUGCGCUUAUAUCAAUAGCGUGUCAUCUGAGUCCGUAGCAUGGGUGAACAGCUUCACUUGGACGGGCGGAACGGGUGUCAAGAGCUUCACGGACAUUCAGCUCAACGAUGGAGUAAACCAGCAGUUGAGUGCUAUUAGCAGCAUGCCGACGACAUGGGAUUGGUCGCUCUCGACAGAAGAUGGUAUUGUCGCCGACAUUGCAUAUGACAUGUUCAUAUCCGAUACCUCCGAGGGUAGUGCCACGAAUGAGAUCAUGAUCUGGAUGGCCAACGUCAAUGCUGGUCCCAUCUCCGCGACAUACGGCUCAGAUGGACAACCCACACCGAUUGCGAGCAGUAUCUAUAUCGCUUCACAGACGUGGAACCUGUACCAGGGCUCGAACGGCGCCAACAAUGUCUUUUCGUUCCUGCCUACUUCUGGAGAGUUCACGAGUUUCAGCGGAGACUUGAUGGACUUCUAUACCUAUCUGAUCGAUAAUGAAGGCCUUGCGACCUCACAAUACCUCACAACCGUACAGGCCGGAGUGGAAGCCACGUCUGGAACAGUAACUUUGACUACAUCGAGCUUCAGCGUCGCAAUCAAUUGA